UCUUUUCCCUUCGUAUUGUUAUUUCCCCGCCAUCAUCACCGCGCACCACCAAAUUGAUUUGAUGCGAGCGAAGACUCUCUCUCUCUCUCUCUCUCUCUCUCUCUCUGCGUAACAGAAAAUGGCGGGGAUCGGCGAUAGUUGGUCGGCCAGCUCGAGCCCUAGGAGGAGGACCUGCGUCGUGAUCGGCGGCCGCGGCUUCGUCGGGAGGUGGCUCGUCCUGGAGCUCCUCAAGCUCGGCAAGUGGAUCGUCCGAGUCGCGGACUCCGAUGAAUCCCCCCAGCUCGAUCCGUCGGCGGAGUGGGAUGCGUUUCUCUCGCAGGCUAUCUCCUCUGGUCUGGCUUCCUAUCAUCACCUCGACGUCCGCGACAAAUCAUCCGUUCUCAGAGUUAUUAAAGGUUCGCAGGCUGUGUUCUAUACGGAUGUUACCGAUUUAUUCGGUCAAGAUGUCUACGACUCUUACAUGAUCAUUGUUCAAGGUGUAAAAAACGUCAUAAACGCUUGUAGAGAGUGCAAAGUCAAACGGCUAAUAUACAACAGCUCUGCAGAUGUUGUUUUCGAUGGUUCAAGGGACAUAAAUGGUGGAAAUGAAUCAUUGCCCUACCCUUGGAAGUAUGCAGACAUGUUGAGUGACCUCAGGGCUCAAGCGGAAGCACUGGUUUUGUUUGCAAACGAUAUUGAUGGUCUCUUGACAUGUGCCCUUCGUCCUAGCAACAUUUUUGGUCCUGGAGAUACGCAGCUUGUGCCAACAGUUGUAAAGCUAGCACAAUCUGGCUGGAUGAAGUUUAUUAUAGGAGGUGGAGAAAAUAAGUGCGACUUCACCUAUAUUGAGAAUGUAGCUCAUGCCCAUAUUUGUGCGGAAGAAGCUUUAUGUUCUCGGAUUGUCUCUGUAGCGGGAAAGGCAUUCUUCAUCACUAACAAUGAACCAGUGAAGUUCUGGGAAUUCACCUCUCUCUUAUUGGAAGGCUUGGGAUAUCAAAGGCCUUCCAUAAAGCUGCCUGUUAGCAUGGUAUACUAUUUUUGCUUGCUUCUUGAAGGGAUAUAUGAAUCAUUGGGCAUCACAAAGAAUAGUUAUAUGCUGUCAGCUCGCCAUUCUGUUCAAAUAGCCUCCAGGAAUAGAACCUUUGAUAGCAGUGCAGCCCGGAAGCAAGUUGAAUACUUGCCAAUUGUUUCCCUAGAAGAUGGCAUCGCAAGAACCAUUGCAUCAUUCUCUCAUUAUUCCAGAGACUCAUUUUAUGGGGGACAAGGUGAUUUCCCCGAACAUUCAAAAGCAGAUUGGAUGCUUGGUGGUGGAAAAGUAGCGGACAUUUUGCUUUGGAGAGAUGAGAAGGAGACAUUUACCUACUUUCUGGUUUCGGAGGUGUUGUUUUACUGGUUCUUCAUUAGCGGAAGAAGUUUUAUCUCAUCUACUGCUUAUCUACUACUCAUGAUGACGAUGGCUCUCUUUGGGUAUGGUCAUCUGACAUCAUACCUGUUUGACAAAACAGCAUCUUUCUCUUGUUUUGAUAUUCAAAAAAGCGUGGUGGAAAAGUUGCUUGGGAGUAUCAUCUCGUUGUGGAACAGAGGGGUCCAUAUUAUGAGAUCAUUGGCACACGGAGAGGAUUGGAACAUUUUCUUUGAGACUGCAGUCGCAAUGUAUUUCUUGAAGCUGAUUGUAUCAUAUUACCUGACUUUCGCAGUUGGUGCAGCUCUGGUCGGUUCGUUUACUUGCUUCUUCAUCUACGAACAAUAUGAAUUGGAGAUCGAUGCACUUGAGAAGGUUCUGAUAAGCGGAAUGAAAACCUUGAAGGGAUGGCUGGGGAGUUUCUUGCCUCUUUCCACAAUGCUACAUCACGGCAAGCAAGAUUUGUGGCAUGAAGACUCGUCCAAAUGCCAGAAAAUUGUCUGCAACGACCACUGACCACCGAACUUGACAGCAUAGUUGCUCAAAUGUAAUUAGUAAAUAGCAAUCUCACUCGGGCAGGGUACAGUGAUUUGAUCGUAGAAUUAUUUUGAGUGUCUGAAAAGGUUUUCGUUAACGUCGAGAAGUUCAGGAAAUAGAAGUCUGUCCUUUUUUAAGACAUCUGAAUCUGAUGCAAUUCAGCACACGCGGUAUAGACACUGUUGACAUGUAAACAGCAACUGUUCAAUGUAGCACAAUGGUUUUUUUCUCUCCUUU